UACAUUUUAGAACAUUAUUUUGUAAUAUUGACAAAAUAUGCAAAGGUAGAAUUUUCUUUCAAACUACACAUGUAUUGUCCCCAAAAAAGAACUGUUUUACUAUAACAGGCUUGUGCUUUUAUCGAAAAUAAAACAAUAUACAGCCACCUGUAGACGAUGUUCUAGAAGUUAGAACGUACUCCAGACAAGAUUCGCGGACGCCGGAAGUUCACAUUCUAACCGGAAAUUGUCGAACAAUCGACGAUUGUUGUACCCAGGUAACAACUUCUUUGUUGUUGUUCUCAUUCACAAAGCUCGCUCAGAAUAACGCGGUUAUUUUUUACUGCUAUCAGUAAGUGUAGUUUGAGAAUAAUUGAAUGAUGAACGCUAUAAGGUAUGCGCUGUCCGUUACAGCGCGCGUCUGCCCCAGGACUGGCCUUGGCCUUUUAGCAAGGAAGAAUCCGAAAUCAGUCGCAGAGAUGGCUUCGACUUUCUACCGCUCAGCACCCCGUACCCAGUCUGACAAGUCCAGCAGUAGUAAAGUCACCUCACAGUCACAAAUGAACUGUCUCAGCCCGAACUUCGGGUCUCCUGGCGGACAUGCACACUGGGCAGGGGCCGGGUUAGCCAUCGGAGCGGGGGUCCUCUUCGCCGCAGGUCUCUACAAGACGACUGUGAACCCACCCAAGAAGACAACAGAUGACAUAGAUGAUGUCACGAGUGAAAAGACGGGCCUGGAGCAGGCCGUGUUGGACAGUGAGUCUCCAACCGGAGUUCUCACAAGGACUGAAGCCACCUCUUCCUCAGAAGGAGGGCUUGAGUCGGGAACAACAGGUGAGGCCAGCCAAGUUGAAACGGGGAGAGAUCCUGCAGAUGAACUUAUCGCCCAAGUUGAUGAUAUUGAGGACAGUAGCGCACUGAAGACCGCUAGAGACAUGCUAACAGUUUUACCGAAGAAAGACAUCAGGUACGGCUCCAAGUCUUCGCAACAGCCACAGCACCAUCAUUCUGCUGACCACAUUUGGAUAAGAAUCCUCUUUUACCUACUAAUGUACAUGGGGUGCAUAAAGAUGGUCCCCGCUCGAGUUUCUGCACAAGCAUGCCGUAGGGCUGCUGCUGAGCAUUUUUCAAGAAGUCCACAUGGGGGCGCCUCAGACAGGUCAAGUUGCAAAAAGGGGUUCGGGCCACGUAUCUGAAAACACUAGUCCACCAGGAUAGACUGUUCUCACCUAGCUGAGGCAGCACAAGGCGUGUUCGGGGCCGAGUCAGGACUCGGAGAGUUCCAGUCCGAGAGCGACCGUCCAUGAAAGAAAGGCAGCACAUCGCAUGAAAUGCGUACAGAAGAAGUCGAUGCCGCAAAACCGCUUAGCGAUGGUCCUCGGGAAGAUCGAAAUUGUGCCUCUGGAACAUCGAGUAAUAUUACAAACUGUGGGAGUUAUAGAUUCUUUGAGCCGUUAUGUCAAAGGGCCUUCAGAUAGUUUCAGAUACUGUGGCGAUUUUAGUGUGGAGACCAGUGUCCACUGCUCAGCGUAUAACGUUACAUGUAUAUAAAAAAGUGAGAUGGACAUACCAUCAGCACCAUGGACAGUCAUCACGUGCAGGCGUGGAAAGAUGUUACUAGUAUCAUGGAAACCGUGUUGAGACACGUGAAACUGUCUCCUUCUGUCUGUGGGCGCACUGUGAUGGAUUUUAGAGAUGUAGGUUUGAAUCUAUAUGUCGUUUGAGUGGAAAACAUUUGCCUGUACAGUUUUGGCAAAUACAAUGUGGACAUCAAUAAAGUUGUUUAGUUGAAUGUGGUGCCUUUCCAGUGGUUUUAUUUAUCGCAGAGACGUCUAAUUGCAACCACCGUAUUGGCUUCUUCUCUUUCUCUGACUGCCGUUUUCAUGUUUCAUUUGUAGAAGCCAGUUUGAAGUGAAGUAGUUUUGGA